AAGGUUGAUUUCGAGCUCCAAUGGCGAUGCCUAUUGCCACUGCAAAGUUUAGUUUUUUACCGAUGCUGCCAUCAUCACCAUCAUCGACAGUGGGAAUGCGUUUUUUGAAGCCACCGCACUGUGCACCACUUCAGCAGAUCCAAGAACAGAUUGAUGUAGGGAUUAUGUGCGAACCAUGCAACGGCAAAGGAUGGUUGCUUUGUGAUUUUUGUAAAGGACAGAAAACCAAUGUGAAAGCCGAAAACAAUAGGAUCUAUCGGCGCUGUCCGUCUUGUAGAGCUAUUGGAUACGUCCUGUGUUCAAAGUGCAAAGUUUUUAAAUGUGUAACAUUUCCAAAUAAUGAUGACGGUGAAGAGCUGAAUUUUUGAGCCUCAAGUUCUUUCAGUUGCUAUCAAAAUCAGAUAAGAAAGCGAAGAAUCAUCUACCUGCUGCAGUUUCCAGGGCAGUUUUGAUUAUUUUUGAACAGCUUUUUCUUCUUUUCAUUCUGUGUAUUUCUCCCUGGGGGGAGUUUCCUUGAAAGGCAUAUGUAUAAUUGGAUAUUAUGUGUAACAAAAAUGAUUGAAUGAUAACCUGUGCAUUUUUUAGUUGAUUGUAAGUGGAGUAAACCACAACUGAAAAGUUAAAUAGCUUCCAUUCUUGCUUGCAGAAGGUCAUGUGUGUA